CGCCUACACGCCUCCGCAUAUAGGCACCGCCGCCCCCCCUCGCCUUUCCCAAAUUAGCGCCACGGCCACCUCCUCCAAUUUCUCCGGGAACGAAGCCGAGCCGCCCGAAUCGCCCACCACCCACCCGCCCAGCCGUAUAGCCCGGCCCCCGGACCGCUCCCCACCGGCUCGCGUCCCCGACCCCUCCGCCUCCGCCGCUGCCGCCGCCGCCGCCGCCUCCCGGUCCACCGCCGCGUCGCGUGGGGGUAGGAGGAGGAGGAGGAGAUGGCCGCCGCCGCCGUCGCCUGCAGGCGCGCGCUGCUCCUGCACGGGCACCAGCAGUGGCCGCAGCGGUGGGCGGCGGCCGCGCCCUGCCCCCGCACCAUCUCGCAGCUCGUCAAGACAAACGGCCGCCGCGCCUUCCUCGUCGACACCCUCGCCCUGGUCAGGAAGCUGGAGUCGCAGGGCGUGCCGACCAAACAGGCGGAGGCGAUCACUUCCGCGAUCACGGAGGUCCUCAACGACAGCCUCGAGAGCAUCUCCGAGUCCUUCGUCUCCAAGGCCGAGAUGCAGAAGAGUGAGAUGCUGCAGGAGUCCAAUAUCUCCAAGUUCAAGUCGCAAGUACAGAGCUCGCAGGAAAACCAUUUCUCUUUGUUACAGCGGGAGACUGAGAAACUUCGUGGAGACAUUGAUAAGAUGAGGAGUGAACUAAAGUAUGAGAUUGACAAGGUCACUGCAGGGCAGCGGCUGGAUCUGAACCUUGAAAGAGGGCGCAUACGUGAUGAACUUGCCAAGCAGAAUGAGGAAACUACUGAGCUUACCACAAAGCUUGACAAGGAAAUUCACUCACUGAAGGCCCAGUUGGAGGCAGCAAAGUACGAUGUCAUCAAGUACUGCAUAGGUACCAUUGUUUCGAUCUCAGCCGUCGGCCUCGCCGUCCUCCGCAUCGUGAUGUGAAGGCAGCACAGCAAGCAAAUACGUUCUUUCGUUUACCCAUAUUCAUCGUGCGUGGAAACCCGCUAGAAGAGGAUAGGUUCUGAUUCUGUUCCUAGUUUUUAGAGGGGACAAGACGUGCUCAAGGGGGAAAUGUUGUAACACCUGGUAGUAGGGGGAUGUUGCUCAAACUUGUAAAAUAGAUGGCCCGUGGAAGAAAUGCAUACAGAAAUGAUUCUUUACCUGUGAAUCUGUGAUCAGGUGUACCUUAACAUGCGGCUUCUCCAGCCCUGCUGAAGCCACCUAUACUGCA